AUGAAUGGGCAGAAAAAGCGAGCUAGUACAGCCGAUUCACUAUCAUCGUCCAACUCAAGCACUUUUGAACUCUCUACUAAUGAAGCACAAGUGACAAAAACGUCAGCCGUGAUGGCUACUGCACCCACACAACAAAAGAGGUUUUCGUCGUCUAGCACAGAAUUCGACUCGAACACGGAUGCACCGGUCACUAUCGCUUUGGCGAGAGCAACAGUGAAGCCUUCUGAUGCGCAGUCAAGAAGCACAUCUGGCUUAUCAAGCGUUUCAAGGACUAAUGACGAUGAUUCUACAAAGGAUGAAGUAAUAACUGUGCACCGUUUAUGGGAAGAUUUUCUGGACUUCAAGAAGAAGGUCGAGCGACAUCACCAAGACGUGCAAGAAUGGAUGCAGAGCAUGAAGCGCGCAACCUUUACAACACAGGAAAGAACAAACACUAGCAGUAACCGAGAAAUGAUCCACACUCAACAAAAGAAAAGUCCACAAGAAACUUCUCACAAGAAACCGCAAUCCUCGGAAAAGGCUACGCAGCCGAAGAAUGAGAGGAGAAGACGACAUUUUAAGGAUCACAGACAUCUGAGGAAGUCCUUUGCGACAUCGCAAAAAAAGUCAAGCACAGCAACGAGCCUGCAAAAGGAGAGCGAAAGCGAAGAAUGGCGAGACGUCGCAUCGGAAUCCAAAGGUGCACAGAAGGGAAAAGAGCGCAAGCGGAUUACAGUGAAUGGUCAAAGAAGACAAGUACCACCACGGGGCAAAGAAGAACUAAGCCAGAAGAGGCUCAAAAAACGAACAGACGACGCUCACAGACAUGGAAGCAGAGUCCAACUCCCGAUGGCGGUUACGGCAGCAGCAGAAAAUCCGAAAACGAUACGGCACAGGAGGACUGAGGAGGUCGAAGGUAUCGUACUGCCCAGGGACGCGGCACGACCUAUAUCAGCCCACAGUAGGAAGACCAAUCCCACAGUCCAGAUAGACGAAUCACCACAGAAAGCCACAAGAGAAGCUGUUAUGGCACAUCCUGAUGGACCCGGACUGCGACGACGGUCGACUCAAACUGCGCCACUGAAGAUUGACAAUGGAGAAGCAUUCAUAGCUGACAAGCAAGACAAAACACCCUGGUGA